AUGGGUACCAGCAAUCGACAAACAAGAAACGCACCUGAUCAAAUCAUCAUGAAAUAUGACGAUGGAAAGAAAGUCUGGCUGAUCCCUCCCGGUACUAAUGUAGGUAUGGCGACUCCCUUAAUAUACCUCAAUCCAAAGAUAUUCCAUAAUCCUCUCGUCUUCAACCCAGAUCGUUUUAUCGAAGAUCCAAGUCUAAAACGCAAUCUUAUGUCAUUUUCUCACGGUUCGAGACAAUUUCUUGGUAUGCAACUUGCAUAUGCAGAGUUGUAUCUGACGUUUGCAUCUCUGUGGCGGAAAUUUGGAUGUAAAAAGGAUAAAGGAGACGAGGGUUGGUUGGAACUCUAUCAGACAGAUAAGACGGAUGUUGAGAUGGCCGCUGAUAGAUUUGUUCCGUAUCCUAAAAAAGGGAGCAAAGGUAUUCGUAUUGUUGUUCGGAAAUGA